CAAAUGGAAAAAGUAGCUAGCGUUGAAGCGUAUCCAUCUAGUCGAGCGCAGUCAUUCACAGCAGACGCUUGUGCAGGGGAUUCUCCCACAGAUAUACAAGCGACUGACGAAGAUCCCCGUCCGACGAGAUUCUUUAUGCAAUACCAUUACCGCCGUAAGAAUUCUGGUUUUCGUGAUUAUAAGUUACGAUUAGAUGAAGCAUUACAAGAUGACCCAUAUUCAAAAAAAUUAUCAAGUUUAAAAAGGAAAUUGGAGGCUUACGAGUAUAGGGAAGACUGGGAGAGCUACGAGGAUGAGAGACGAAACCGAAAAGCUGAUAAAAAAGUAAAGAAAACGAAACUUGAAGCACAUAUCAACUUUCACGGUCAGUUAGAUAAAAGGCUUACGAAGAAGAGUCAAACCGAUGGAAAUCAAACCAACAAUAUAUCGGUGCCUCAAUCGACGGAAUUUACUGAUAUUAUUCAUAAGACCGGAGAAGAUCAGGCUCAAGUUCGGUUUAAUAAUGAUAAUACAGGUCUUUUUAAUGACUUAGAUGUCGAUAACGAAGGUAACGAAAGAAAUGACGAAAUUGAGGAUAUUGUCGAAACGAAUAUUAAUAACGUUCUAGGUUCGCUUAAAAAUUUUGCGUCUGAGGAUAAAUCAAGUAUACUGGAAAAUUUGGAAAAUCGGUUGGCUACUGCAUACAAGGUUGUUUCCCACUUUGAUAGACAAUUUCCGUACACGAAAGAACUCUACAAUACAUUCCCCGAUCAAAUGAAAACAAUGGAGAAUGAAUGGGAAAAGGUUGAAACCAAUAUCCAAAAAACAAUCGAAGAAAGAUGGAAUGUAUCUAAAACGAAAGAACUUGUAGAUAAGUACUAUAAGAUAAUAGUAGAUCAUUUUGACGAAUUUUUGGAUGUUGAUCACGAGAAGCUUAUUAUGGUGUUCAGUAAACCUCCCUAUGAUGAUUUUUCUUAUAAACGUGACGAUGAAUUGAUUUGGUGUCAGAGAAUAUUUAUUGAUUUGACUCGACAAUUUCUACGUAAUAGAGGUGCUCUAUUUGAUAAAGAAGCCUCUGAGCUUCGCUAUCGUUCGGAAAUUGUGAAUCCUUUGCUUGCGGGGGCAUUUGAAAUGAUUGAACGUUCUAUAUGGCUUGAAACCGGAGAAAUUGAGAACGAAAUACAAAAAGUGCAACGGAAUGAUACUAAGGAAGAUAAUGAGCGGUCAAAACUUGGAAUGAAACAUGAUGGUGUGAUCAAUAUGAUAAUACACGGAAAGAAAUAUCAAGUCGGAUUUCUUGAGGUCGUAGGCAAUGCCUUUAACAAUGACAUAACUGAUAGGAAUAUUGACUUAGAGAAAUUAUAUAAAGCAAUGUCAUUAUCAUUGUGGAAUCAACGUGCACAUCUCGAUAAUGAAACUUCGCAACAAUUAUCAACUCUUGCUGUAUUAGUCCAUGGGAAAUUUUUUAAUUUCUUAAGCAUGCAUUACAUUAAUAAUGAGUUUGUGGUUAAGAAUUAUGAUGAUUUCAUAUUACCAACAACAAAUGAAUGUCUGGUGAGAAUACCUAAAAUAAUAGAAACGAUUGCCAAAUUCAAGAUAAGAAUUAUGAUGUAUCAUCGAGAACAUAUGGCUAGUUUCCACAAAGUAGUGCGUUCGCCAAGUGAUAAUCCACCCAAUGCUUCACCACAAAAGAAGAGACAAUGA